UUGCAAUACUGCUCGCUCCCCGCCACCAUCCACGCAUGCGCCGCCGUCAGCGAUCUGUUCCGUACCAACACGUCUUGGCCGCCCCUCUGUCGUCGCCGGUGUCCGGAAGAGCACGGCCCUGCUUCCACAGCCGUCCUCGCCGCCGCCCACAGCAACGACGCCGCCAAUCCCGCACGGUCCCUGCUCUGCCCCGACCAUCCUCUCCGCCGUACGGCCUGCCGCCACGACCACCCGUCGCCGCCGCCGUGCGCAGAAAUAGCAGAGGGAGGCCCUGCCGCUCCUCCGACCUCGCCGCCGUCCGCACGGCCCGACCUGCCGCUCCUCGGACCUCGCCGCCGUACGCACAUCCCGGCCUGCCGCCCCGACCAUCCGCGCCGCCGUAUGCGCCAACACUAGGGCACUCCCGCACCUCGGGCCUCUCGCCGCCGUCCGCACCUUUCGCAAGGGAGCGCGGCCCUGCUGCCCCGAGGUGCCGUUUUUGGAGUCCAUUUUUGGAGUUCGUCUACACCUCUGAAGAUGGGCAAGCAUAAUCAAUAUGCACCUCCAUUCCCGUCAGGGCAUCGCACUCCAUUUACGGACCUAACAAACUCACCUACAGUUGGAAAUGCCCAAAUAACUGAUGAGAAAGAGUCAGCAUCCCCACAUAGGCGUCAUGUAAACCACCAACAUAAUAUUCCAUCAGCUGGGGAUAGUGUUACCCAUGAGCCGGUGGCACACACGCAUGCUUCUUCAAUAGGGGCUGUGCAAUGUACUGCUUUCAGCGACAUAACCAACACACCCACAGAUGGGUGUACAUCUACAAGCUCUGCGACUCAUCUUCUCGAUGAAGUAAAUGGUGCCCAAAAAAAAGAAGUGGCCACAGUUGGUAUGCCGGCCUAACCAAUGAAUAGAGGGCAGAAUACUUAAAUAAGAAACGGAUUGCGCAACUAAAAAGAAAACAUGCUUCAUGCAAAGAUAAUGUCGAUGUGACUCAUAAUUCCUCUUUUUCAGUUGGUGCAACCUCGACGCCGCCACCCUCCAUGAGGUCAUCUCUUCCAGACGAGCAAGAUGUUGUGAUACAAAAACAACGACGUGGCCAAAGUUGGUAUGCUAGACUUUCCGACGAGCGGCGAGCAGAAUACCUAAACAAACAACGGAUGGCGCAAAGAGACAAAAAAGCUGCAAGAACGGUUGCGUUGCCUCAGUCAUCAUCCCCACAAGGUGCGGCUGAAACCUCUUUGCCGGAUAACGAUGCCAUUACUCAGCACCAAUUGCCAGAAAUAGUAGGAGACUGCAACAUACGAACUGGCAAGGGGUGGUACGCCAGCUUAUCCGGACAGAGGAAAGAAGAACACCUAAGGAAGCUUCGGAUCUCGCACAAACAAAAGAGAGCUGGUUUGCUUGAUGUCGAUGUUAAUGAAGGUAUUGGUCAAAGUGGACCAGCGCAGUCCCAACUCACCCGCGUGGUAGACACACCAUUAUGCAGGCCAAAUUUGGACGAAGGCGGUUCUGCUGAUUGGUUACACAGCAAUCUGACUUACGUAUGACCAGCGAGGACGACUGAACCCAUUGUGCCCAUGAGUUUUAUCUCUGGGCACAACAUGGAGUCAAUAGAGAAGGAACGCAACCGUAAAAAGAUAAGAUACUUAGAAAUGACCAUGCAGCAGAAAGAUGCUUUGUUGGAGAAGAAUCGUGCUUACAAAAGGGGAAAGCGGAAGCGGAACCAUACUGAUGUGCGAAGUGGAUCCUCAUACCCAUCACCACAUACUCCUGCCACUGGAUUGCAGCCAUCUCACAUAAAUAGCCAUACAGGAGGUAGGGAUGAUGAAGAUGACUACGACGCCCACGGUAUCUUCGAGCCAAUGGGACCGGUUGCUGAAAUGAUGGAAUGUCUGCAUACCGUCCGAACUGGCGACACCCUGUCCGAUGAUGAUGAUGAGGAAUGCAGGCUAUUCAGUGUACAAGGUAAUGAGUUUGAAUCAUACAGAGUGACAGAUGAUGGUUCGCAUGCUUUAGAUGCUCAUGAUCCCUAUGACUAUGUCUACAAAAAUCUACCAAGCAAGCAUCAUGUUUUGAAGCCAGUAAAGGAUUGUGUACACUGUGGAGCAAUGAGGUUCGAGUAUGAUGGCCCAGCCUUCUGUUGUAGAAAGGGUAAGGUCAAGAUAUUUAUCCCAGAGGUUCCUCAAGACCAACGACGAUUGUUUACAAGUCAGGUAGACAUGGAUGCAAAGUACUUUAGAAAGCACAUUCGAUAUUUCAACUCCCACUUCUCCUUCACAAGCCUUGGAGUUACCCUUGACAAUUGGGUCAACACCGUGGCAAGAACCGGUGUAUAUACAUUCCAUGCUCAUGGUCAGUUGUACCACCGUUUAGACCAUCUUGUACCAGGUGAUCACGGACCCAAGCAUUUGCAGCUGUACAUUUAUGAUACAGAUGAAAUGUACAGAUGAAGCCUUGGAACAUAGGGUCAAGUGCUCUCCAGAUCUUGAUAUCAAUCUCAUACGGAAGAUUCUUCGUAUAUUAUAGAUCAACCCGUAUGUUGAGACAUUUUAGAGCCUUGGUUCAGUUCCAGACCUAGCGGAGUAUAAGAUUACACUAAACACAAAUAUAAAAUUGGACCAUCGGAGGUACAAUGCCCCUACAGCUUCUCAGGUGGCUGCAAUGUGGGUUGAAGGUAGUGACCCGCAACACACUUUUGAUAGAAGUGUUAUCGUGCAUGCAAAAGGGGACCAUCCUUUGUACAUCAGAGCCUACUAUGGGUGCUAUGAUCCUUUAGCGUACUCAUUAUUUAACCCGGCUGGGGAGACAAGAUGGAACCGUUAGCUGCCAUAUGAGGGACCAACUCCCGCUCAGGCAGGCAAUGAGGAUGAAGGCGACAACUAGGACGAUGAACGAGAAGCAGAUGACAACGAAGAACAAGAUGAGGAUGAAGCCACUGAGUAUAGAAAAUAUGUCAGUGCGAGGGAGUAUUACUGUUUGGAGUUGCAGAUCAGGGAAGGAAUUUUUAACAUCCUAUUGUUUGGGGGCGUCUUCUCCAACAGUGGCUUUUUGACAUGUAGAUCAAAAUGGAGACUAUGAGGCUUGAUUUCUACUCGAAGCCUUAGAAUCAAAAUCUCAUACGUGCUGAGCUCUACCAGGUAACAAAAAUCUCCCUAGCCUCAUCAACAUACUAUGACAACUUGUCACACACUGGUAGGUUACUGAAAAACUAGAAUUAAGCAUGAACCAAUUAUGAGCCUAAUGUAUAGUCUUGUUGGUUAUCAUCAUGCUUGUAUUGUAUAAGCAUGAACCAAGUAUGAGCCUAAUUCAUUUGCUUCAUAGGGUGUUGU